AAAAAAUAUAAAAAAAAAGUUCAGUUAGUUUUACUUAAUCUGCCUCUAAUUAAAAACUCGGCGGUCAUCACAAAGUUAUGGAGGCUCUCUUUCUUUCUUCUUCUUCCUCCAUUACAGCAUCGAACAAGCUUUCAAGGUUAUGCGGUCGUCGUGAUUGGUGCUCAUUUGUCAGGGAGAAGAAAAGGGUUAGUCUCACUUGGUGCCGCGGGAACGGUAACAAUCAUAACAGCAGCAGCAGUGACAGCAGCGGCAGCAAUUACGGAGAAAGGCCUAUCCGGAUUUCUUCAUCCCCCAAGGAGAGGGAAAAGAUACCGAUGAGGGAAGAGAGUUCGUCCUCGGAAGCUGCGGAUUCUGACACGAUGAUCCUGUCCCCAAAUAAGAAUGGAAGAACAAAAACAGAGAUCAAUAGAGGGAAGCCAUUGCCGCCUUUCAGUGGAACUUCUUCUUCGGCGGGUCUGAAAGAAGGGCUUGGAAUCAUCAACUAUCUACAAGGGAAGAGGUUCCUAAUCACUGGUGCAACCGGGUUUUUGGCAAAAGUGCUUAUUGAGAAGAUUUUAAGGAUGGCACCAGACGUGGGGAGGAUAUAUCUCUUGAUCAAAGCAGAAAGCAAAGAAGCCGCGGUUGAAAGAUUGAAGAAUGAGGUGUUAGAUGCAGAGCUUUUCAAGAUUCUAAGGGAAACCCACGGACCAUCCUACAAGCCUUUCAUGCUGAGCAAACUCGUACCCGUGCCCGGAAACAUUUGUGAUUCAGACAUAUUGCCAGAAAAUUUCGCCGCGGAGAUUGCCAGAGACGUCGAUGUGAUUAUCAAUUCUGCUGCUAAUACGACGUUCAAUGAAAGAUAUGAUAUUGCUCUGGGCAUAAACACGAGAGGGCCGUGUAAUCUCAUGAGAUUUGCCAAGAAGUGCAAGAACCUCAAACUCUUCUUGCAAGUGUCCACUGCCUAUGUGAACGGACAAAGGCAAGGAAGGAUCAUGGAGAAGCCAUUCUCGAUGGGCGACUGCAUAGCCACAGAGAUUUCCAACGGGACAGAUCUAUUGGAUGUCGACAAAGAACUGAAGCUGGCAUCAGAUGCUAGAAACGGGUUUCAAGAUCACGAGGAGGUGCAUAAGAUGAAGGAAUUAGGGUUAGAAAGGGCAAGAACCUACGGGUGGCAAGACACUUACGUGUUCACCAAAGCAAUGGGGGAGAUGAUGAUCAACAGCAUUAGAGGAGACGUGCCUUUGGUUAUAAUAAGGCCCAGCGUCAUCGAAAGCACGUACAGAGACCCUUUCCCUGGAUGGAUGGAAGGAAACAGGAUGAUGGAUCCAAUAGUUUUAUGUUAUGGGAAGGGACAGCUCACUGGAUUCCUCGUGGACCCGAAGGGCGUUCUUGAUGUGGUUCCGGCGGAUAUGGUAGUCAACGCAACCCUAGCAGCCAUAGCAAAGCAUGGAACGGGUCCAGAGCCGGAAACAAACGUGUAUCAGAUAGCUUCUUCGGUGAUAAAUCCGCUGGUUUUCGAGGACCUGGCCGUUCUUUUGUACCAACACUACAAGUCUUCGCCGUGCGUGGACUCGAAAGGCACGCCGAUCACGGUGCGUCUGAUGAAACUCUUCGACUCGGCCGAAGAUUUCUCGGAUCAUCUUUGGAAAGACGUCAGAGAACGGAGUGGCUUGACGGCAACGAGCUCUUCGGACGGGAAGAUGAUGCAAAAGCUCGAGUUCGUCUGUAGAAAAUCGGUGGAGCAAGCAAAGUAUCUUGCAGCUAUAUAUAAGCCCUACACGUUCUAUGGAGGAAGGUUUGACAAUAGCAACAUGCAGAGAUUGAUGGAGAGCAUGUCGGAGGAAGAGAGGCGAGAGUUCGGGUUCGAUGUCGGGAGCAUAAACUGGAGAGAUUACAUCACAAACGUUCAUAUUCCCGGCUUGAGAAGGCAUGUCUUGAAGGGGAGAGUCUAAAAUCAAACAAGAGGGGAUGGACAUAUAUGUUCAUGUUAUGUAACUGUUACUUGUCUUGCAAGCAUACGAAUUUGCGUUUGAACAACUUGAGAGAGGCGAAUCCGAAAUUGUAACUGAGAGAUUGCAGAGGAAGAAGACGAAGAUCCAAGAUGGAGAAUUGAGUUCUUGGUUAGGCCCUUUUAGAUAAAUCAUAGAUUGAGAUCCAGGGAAAUGCCAAAACGAUCAAUGAAAUU